AUGUCAAGGAUCAUAGUGGAGAACGGCAUACGCAAAGUUUUGCCCCACUACGUCAACUUCAAAACACAUCCAAAGAAAAGAUGGGUUGGGAAAACAUUGGUGGAGCUAUUCAAGCAUGACUUUGGCGAGCCCGAGAGCUUGAUCCUUGAUGACAUUGCCAGUGGCAGCUUGUAUGUGGAGAACAACGUUGGCACUUCUAAGCCAUCUUCAACAUUAAAAGGCAUCGAGGUACUCAAAGACCGACGAAUAGAGCUCAAAGAUUUGAUCCAUUAUUGCAAACACGUUCAUGAACCGAGCAUAGCAUGGAACGGCCCCGUUAAAGUUAUAUUUGAGGACGAUGACGUGAUAGUAGUGGACAAGCCAGCUGGUAUUCCAACACACCCCACGGGAGCCUACAAUUAUAACACCUUUUCGGCAAUAGUCAAGGAUACCUAUGGGCUAGAAUCUAUUUGGACAUGUCACAGAUUGGAUAAAGUAACUAGUGGGAUACUCAUCUUGUGCAAAAACAAGGAGGCAGCUGUCGGAUAUCUGAACUUGUUGGUGUCAAAAAAGGAUUCUGUGAAAAAGACGUAUUUGGCACGCGUCGAUGGCAAGUUUCCCGAGGGCAAAUACAGAUAUACGUGCCCGACCAUAACCAUCAACAUGAAUGGUUACAUCGAGCCCGACAAUCUCGAAGCAUUGAAGGCCGACACGUCGACUUUGUUUGAACGGGUCCGGUAUAACGAGAAUUUGAACCAGAGUAUUGUAAAGUGUCAGCCCAUCUCGGGCAAGUUUCACCAAAUUCGAAUACACUUGACGAGAUUGGGCUACCCUAUCUCAAAUGAUUACUUUUACAAGCCAAAAGACGAGUCAUCAACGUAUGCGCUAAGGUGCAAAAUCGAGCACGAAUUGUACGCCAUGCUUUUCAAAAAGUUUCCCCAGUUUUCCCAAAUGCGCGGGGAUCUAGAUACAGGUGAAGAUGAAAUCAAGACUGUUGAUAUGAAGGCGGUUCUUAAUGAUGAUGCCAACGAGCUGCAAGUAUUUGAAACAUUAGCUAGACUUAAAGCGGAACAUUCUGCUCAUAUAAACAUGAGGAAGAAAACAAGAUGCAAAGAGUGCAAUCGUCUCGUUUUUGAAGAGAGUUACGUACUGGUGGACUCGCGGAUCUAUUUACACUCGUUGAGUUUCGAAUUUGGCGAUUCCAAGUUUGAGACUGAUCUUCCUUCUUGGUCCUUGGUUUAA